AUGUUUCUUUCAUCUGUACUCAGUUCUCUCUUCCUCUUGUCAUUUGCCGCCGCCCAAAACCACACCGGCGCCCAGCAACUCUUCCCGCGCCAGGAGCUCUGCAACCCUGCCGACCAACAGGUCAAAGCGUGCGGGGCGGCAGACCUGUCCACGUCGAACUGGGCGGCGUUCCGGAUCGACGAUUUUUUGUCUAGCUUUGUCCUGACGUUCGGCGCCGGGACGUCUACCGAUCUCGGGUUCCCGGGAUACUUCGUCAGACAGAACCUCUUGCCCGGCGAGUCUUUCCUGUUUGAUUGCUCCAUCGUCGGUUCCGACCUGUGCAAACACCCCGUCGGGGUCAACCCUGCCGUCGGGACGGACUGCGCCUUCAAAGAUAUCCCCAACGUCGGUAACGAAGCGUGCGGCGGGUACAUCUCACCCCAGGCCGGGUUCGUGGUGGAGAACUUCAUCCGCUUCCACCAGGCGGUGUCGAACAACUUCUUCGCCAUCGAGGACGCCGGAUCGGCGAUCUUGAACUCCAACUUCAUCGAUGAAGUGGUCGACGGCCUCUCCGAGGAGCAAGGCAACAUUCUGGAAGCCGUGUUCGAGGCGAUCGCGGGAUUCGUGCUGGGCAUUCUUCCCUUCGGCAGGGCCUUUACCCUCGGUGUCCAGCUGUUCAAAAACCUCGACCGCAUCUACUCCCUGGCCGGCGAUGACAAGGCUCUGAGCGGGUCGUUGGACGUGGUGCGCACGAUCGCGGCGAACGAGGCGAUCCGAGACCUCGCGGAGCGCACCAAGGACCAGCUGCGACGCCAGGUACAGGAGAUCGUCGACAGCUCGCAGCGGCGCAUGCAGGAGUCGAUCGACAUCGUGUUCGGGACGGGGCCCAACUCGGCGUUCGGCCAGCCCGGGGGCAGCGAGGCCCAGGACAAUUUCGCGUUCAGCCUGGCGCAGAGCGGCGCGUUCCUGGAUGCCGUGCCCGCGCGUACGGACCUCGCCGCCAUCAUGGAGACGAAUCUGAAGAACUGGAUCGUCAGCUCCACCAUGGCUGGCAUGGAGUGGAACAUCGUGCUCGAUCCGACGGAGUACGAAGACGACCCAGCCGACCCAGGGGGCGUGUGCCGGAAGGCGAUGAAGGGCGUUCCGUUCAUCCUGGGCACUCAGUGCGCCGAGUUUCGUAGGGGAGGCUUCGACAGCCCCAAGCCCGAGAAUCCCGCCGUGCUCGAGUCGUUGAUCGAUGUCGCAGAGGCUAUCCGCAAUGCCCAGGAAUGUAAUGGAGGAAGUCCCAACUGGCAGUCCGUCGUCGAUGGAACCGACAACUCGGCGACCUCGCUACCUCGGUGUUUGUAUACCUUUCCCGUUAUCAGUGGUCGCCAAUAG